GACCCUAGUCCUGACUGCCUAACUGUCCAGCUCACUCCUAAUAUCUACACACACACACAUACAUACGUGUACACACACACACAGACCCCUAUAUGAACCAUAUGUAUAUAGCCGUAUACACGUAUGUAGCGUUUGCCAAUGGAGCUGGUACUGACUCAGAUCUUGGCUGGCCAACAGCCUAAACUGGCCCCCACCCACCUUUGUCCAUUCACACCAGUGAUCACUAGGGGGAAGUUUUCAAGGAAAUUUACUUCCCCUCAGUCUGUGGCUAAUAACAGGCUACGCAUGUAAAAUGAGCUGGACAAGCCGCCUGGGACAAUAUGUACAGGUCCUUCUUAAAGAAUGGGUGAGCUAUUCGAGGUGGGUGCAGCAGGAUUUCUCUUUGGUGGCUUGUUUCCUGUUAGCGCCUAAUAAUGUGUCUGGAAAAGAACUUAAGUAACCUGCAUUUCAUUGAAGACAUGCUACUUCAGAUCUGUUACAAAUCCAUACCAGGGUCCCGUUCUCCAGAAUCUUCCACAACACUGGGAAAUUUGGCAGAAACAUGGGCUGGCUCCAACAGCCGAUCCCAAUCAACACUCUUCUCCUUUGCCUCCCGUUGUAGAGGAUGGUAACUCAUUUCCCCAGAUACUCUGUGGCGAGAGGUGCUAAGCGAAGUCGGCUGUGGCAGGGGGCAGAUUUCUAGGAAAUAUUUUUCUCCCUAUGAAAGGAGAGGAAGACUGAAAAAUGUAUCUUGCAGUUCUGGCCAGCUCCCUGCUUCCUGUUUUUUUCUGAGGUUCUGCUGGGAUGGGAGAUUGGAGCUGGGGCCAAGGGAGCAACACCGGGGGAGCGAGGCUUGUGGAAUGUAGGGGCGGUGGGAAGAGUCGAGGGGCCGGACCGGAUGGGAGGCUAGAGGACAGCGGAGGUGGGGCGACCGCCCGGCGUAGCGGAAAACCAGAGGUGCGGCCAGCGCGGAUUAGUGCGCGCCUGCGAGACUUCCCAUCCCUGCCGCUCGCCCAGCCUCGCCGGCUCCAGGGUCGCCGCCUGCCGUCAAUGGGCGGGGCUCGUCCUGGGGCGUGGCCGGCCGGACCGUAGAACCCCUCCGGCUCGGGGCGGGGCAGGCCGAAAGGGCGGGGCCGCGCUCGUCGGGGCGUGGCCUGUGGAACCUCAGAAUCCGGGCGACUCCGGGCUGAGGCGCGCGUCUCCCGGCGCGGGGUUCCUCCCUCGCAGCUUCCCAUUCAAAAGAUGCCGAAGGGGCGGUGCGGCAGCCAGAGCCCCACCAUGAGCCAGCGGCCGGCCCCGCCCCUUUACUUCCCUUCCCUCUACGACCGCGGCAUCUCCUCGUCCCCGCUCAGCGACUUCAACAUCUGGAAGAAGCUCUUCGUGCCUCUGAAGGCGGGCGGGGCGGCGGCGGGCGGGGCGGUGGCGGGGCGCCCCCUGCCCCAGGUGCCCCAGGUUCCGGCGCCCCUGCCGCCGCCACCCGGCCUGGGGCCUCCCAGCGAGCGCCCGUGGCCCCCGCCCUGGCCCUCCGGCCUGGCCUCCAUCCCCUAUGAGCCUCUGCGCUUCUUCUACUCGCCACCGCCGGGGCCUGAGGUGGCUGCCUCGCCUCUGGCCCCCGGCCCCACGACCCCCCGGCUCGCCUCCGCCUCCCACCCCGAGGAGUUAUGCGAGCUGGAGAUCCGGAUUAAGGAGCUGGAGCUGCUCACCAUCACUGGGGACGGCUUCGACUCCCAGCGCUAUAAAUUCUUGAAGGCACUGAAAGAUGAAAAGCUACAAGGACUGAAGACAAGGCAGGCUGGAAAGAAGUCGGCCUCUCUCUCCUGAGGAGCUGCCCACCGGAGCCUGGGCAGCCGCCUCCUUAGGUGUUAGUGCUUAGAUAAUGUGUCCCAUUUGUUGUCAUUUCAAAGAUCGUUAUUUUCUGUUCUGUA